GUAAAUGAGACGGGGGGUAUCCCAGGUGAUGAGGUGAAGAAGAGCUCUCCUUUCCUUCCAGUCACUGGAAACCAGUUUAAAAACACACGCAGACACAUGCACAAGCUGCUAUCAAUUCUUUUGCAGCCCAAUGAGAGAGUGGGAGGAGGCAGAGAAGGAGGGAAGUGAUAAAGAGAGAGGGAGAGAGAGGGAGGAGGGAGUGUGUGUAUGAGUGAGCCAGAGCAGAGGGGGUGGGGGGUUGGGGGGUGGUGGAAGGAGCUCUAUGGUGCCGCAAAAUCCUCUCCUCCUGGAUGCUGCCUUUCCUCUUCAUGGCUUUGUCCCUCCUUUGUACUGCCACCCUGCGUCCUCGGGAGCAGGCACUCGUACACUGACCAGAGCUCAGCCAUGGACCUGAGGGGUGAAUCAGCCCUAACAAAGAGCCUUUGAGAUGGCAAUGUGUGCUUCUGCCUGGAGGGAGGAACGCAUCAGGCUUUCCCAGGCAAGCGGCAGCCUGCAGUGUGCGCUUGCUUGAGAGCCAGCCCUCCUCGUUGUUGCGUGUAUGAAAGAGAGUAUGCCCGUGUGUGAGUGGAUGUGAGUAAGCAGUGUAUACCAGUGUAUGUGAGUGUGGAUGUGCGCACUUCCAUUUCCUUCCUGGAGGAGAGAAGCUCUCCUCUUCACUGGGCAGCAAGGGACACUGUGAAGCAGGCAAGCUGCCGUCCUUGUGGACCUGAGGAUGUUUCGCAAGAAAAAAAAGAAGAGGCCUGAGAUAUCGGCGCCCAAGAACUUUGAGCACCGUGUCCACACAUCUUUUGAUGCAAAGCACGGCUGCUUUGUGGGCCUGCCGACCCAAUGGAGAAGCCUGAUAGAAAACCUGCGAAGGCCCAAACCCGUGGUGGACCCAUCCAGGAUCACAGAGGUGGAGCUGAGGCCAAAGAAGACAAUUGUGCGUGGGAGCAUGAUCGGUCACGGGGACUACAUCGCAGCCAUGAUCAAUGAUAUGAGCCGUCUGUCUGUGACCAGUUCCAAUUCUUUGAGGAAGAGCAGUCCUUCAGCCAGAAAGAGGGCGCGGUCUCUGGGAAGGCUAGGUGAAGUAAAUGAGGGAGACACUUACCAGUAUGAAGGCCUGACCCAGGAUGAGGAAGAUGACGAGGAUAUGGGUCAGGACCAGUGGAGAGACAAAGCCAGGAACAUCCACAGUGAGUCUAACACCCCAUACUUGGGAAUGAAGAAAAAUAUCACUCUGCAACCCAAUGGCAUCUUGCCAAAGGCCAAGUCCACCUAUGAAGUCAGCAUCAACACCUUGCAGGGACCACCACAACAGGCUCAGCCCCAGAACAUCCCGGUGCCGAGUCACAGGGCUUAUAUGAGUGGUGAGAUGGGCAGCCCUCAGGAGAGAGUGAUAUGGACAAGAGAUUUCCAGCUGCCUAGAGGAAGGCCACCAAAUCAGAGACCUCUUGCUUGCUUCUACAGCCCUGCUAUGGCUGUGCAGCAGUCUCAUGAAGACCUAGGGACAGUCACCACAGAGCUCCAUCCCAACAUCCCAAUGUACAUGCACCCACAGAACAGUCCUGGGAGGCCGUUCUCCUCCUAUGACCUGAAAGCAGACUCAGCAGUGAGGUACCACUCCAGCUUCCUGCCCACUGGCACCAGCAGUCCUCUCAUGGGUGGCAUCAGACUCCAGCGGGUGGUGCGGUCCUCAGCUAGCUACACCCUGGGCCUGUCUCCUAACAUGGGAUUGAGGCCCACUGGUCCAGACCCCUACAUCAGACAUUCUGGAUGCCCCAACCCUCCUUAUCCCAGGCAGGACAGCCCUUCCCAGCCCAGACCCUCACCUACAGGCUCACUUGCUACCAGUCUAACUGGCACCUGUUCCCCUGCAUUUAGACCACUACAACACCCUUCUACCAGGCCACUCCCAGACCCACCUAAAGUGACUCAUGAACAGUUCAAGGCAGCCCUGCAAAUGGUGGUAGACAAGGGUGAUCCAAGGUCUUACCUCGAGAACUUUGUAAAGAUUGGGGAGGGCUCGACAGGGGUGGUGUGUAUUGCUACAGAGAAGCACAGUGGUAGGCAGGUAGCAGUGAAAAUGAUGGACCUGCGGCGGCAGCAGAGGAGGGAGCUGCUCUUCAAUGAGGUAGUAAUCAUGAGGGACUACCAACACAGAAAUGUGGUAGAGAUGUUUAAGUCUGCCCUGGUGGAGGAGGAGCUCUGGGUAAUCAUGGAGUACCUGCAGGGUGGAGCACUAACCAACAUUGUUUCUGUAACCAGGCUGAGUGAAGAGCAGAUUGCCACAGUGUGUGAAGCUGUUUUGCAAGCCCUGGCCUAUCUCCAUUCACAGGGAGUCAUCCACAGAGACAUUAAGAGCGACUCUAUACUACUCACAUUAGAUGGAAGGGUCAAGCUUUCCGACUUUGGCUUCUGUGCUCAGAUUAGUAAGGACAUCCCUAAGAGGAAGUCUUUAGUGGGGACACCCUAUUGGAUGGCUCCUGAGGUCAUCUCCAAAUCACCAUAUGGCACUGAGGUGGAUGUUUGGUCAAUGGGUAUCAUGGUGGUGGAGAUGGUGGAUGGAGAGCCCCCGUACUUCAGUGAAACCCCUGUCGCCGCUAUGAAGAGGCUGAGGGAUGAGCCAGCUCCAACUGUACGAAAUGUGAACCAGAUCUCCCCAGUUCUAAAAGACUUUCUGGACCGCAUGCUGACUCGGGACCCCCUAGAACGGGCCAGCGCCACUGACUUGCUGGAGCACUCCUUCCUGCUGCAGAGCAGCUCACCUCAGUGCCUGGUGCCACUGGUGGAGCAGUACCGCAAGCGCAUGUCCCGCUGCUGAUCCCUAUAGGGCCCCAACACCCACCUUCAGUCUGACCUCUCCAUGCCUUUGAUGAGGGCCAGCAUCGAGGUCCAGCUCCUCUAAUACCAAAGCCAACAGGCAGCUGGCUCCAGAGAAGCAGACCUGCACAGCUCAGUGCUGCCAGUGUGGUGGUGGCAGGAUGGCUGACAGAUACUGCAUGAUCUAUGGCAUGAGAGAAGCACUUUAGGAGUGAUUAAAGGCAGCAUGAAAUUCCUCCCUUCCCAACUUGGUUGGAUUCAGAAACUGGUUGGCUUCCUGUACCAGUGAGUGGGAGUCAUGACAGCAAAAUAAUUAUUCCAUGCACCUAUUUGUAAUGAACACAUGCUACUCUAAAGAUAUAGUGUUCAUAGUGGGCAUUACUGUAGCCUUGUACACCUUAUUAUAAAGCUGGUGUAAGGCUCAAACCACAGUAGCUCAUUGUGACAUUACCUCUGCACACUUUCUUUCUCUGCUGUGGAAGCCAGACAUCAACCAGCACAGUCAGUGCACUCCACAAACACUGACACUAGACUCUUUGCAUGGCCAAAUGGAGGCACACCUGGCCUAAUGUUAAUGCUUGAAUAUGAACCAAACUGGAAUGUAAAAGACAAUUCUCCUUAGCAUAACAAAUGGGUAGAUGAAAGCCCAGCUGCUACUAUUGGGCUAUUGGAAAAACUCCAGUAUAUUUCUCGUUUUCAUAUUUAUUCUGUAGUUCAAAAGGUGUUGUGGGUUGUUUGUUUGAUGUGAAUUUGCAAAUAAGGUUUUAUUAUUACAUAUGGACUUAAAAUAGAUAAAUUAUUAAUGUAAAUAAAAAUACUGAAUAUUAGGUCUCUAUACCUGCUGAGUGGCUGCAGUAAAUUAUUUGAAAUUAAUUCAAACAUUUUACUUUUCUUUUCUGAAAUAUGAGCGUAUAGUUAUGUGUGCGUGUGUGUGCAUCUGAGCACAUGGGUGUGUGUGGGGUGACCUCUCAGUGUUUGCUCCCUGAUAUUUUAUAUAGUGACAGACUUUUUAAAAACCACAUGGUGUGUGUGUGUGUGUGUGUGUGUGUGUUGCCCCUGAAAAGGUUGUGAAUGAUUAUAUUUGCAUUUGUUUGCCUAGAUAAAGCACACAGGCCCGGCAUGCGAUGCUGCUGAACGUCCACCUGUUGAGAAACACUUUGCACAAAGUCUUUGUAUUCUGACAGGAAUACAUGUUGACAUGUUGUCUGUGGGGAUCAUUCAUGAAAAAG